AUGCCGAUUUCAGAUCCCUUUGGGGACGAGCAUCGCUCACCGGUCAAUCCUCCUCCCGUGAGCCAUUAUGAUAGUCGCACACCAUCUCCUGGCCGACCGUUGGAUAGCUAUCAACUUCAUGACAACCCUUAUGGCCCUCCGGGCCAUUUACCAAUGCCAUCAAGCGAUCGUCUGGCGGAGCAGCCCACAUACUCUGUCGAAAACGUUCAUAACUCAUACGGCCACCACGAGGCUUACGAAUCACAUGCUGGUGCACAACCCUACGGAUACUCCCAACAUUAUACCGUCGACCCAGAAGCCCACCACGACGCUUACUACACACAGCCUUACGAACCAACCCCGACUCCUCACGACGACUAUGAUCUAGGCCAGUACCCCGAGGGGGGUCAAACCCCAUACGACGAUAAUGCGCCCAUGCUGCAGGUCGAGAAUCCGUUUGGGCCGAAUCCCUAUGAGGCAGAAUAUCAGGACGAGCCACAGCCGACACCCAGUCCGGCGCCAAUCAAGCGAUGGAAGACAGUGAAGGAAGUGCAGCUGUUCAACGGCAACCUCGUACUCGACUGUCCCAUCGCUCCCAAGCUGCUGAGCCAAGUCCCCCACGCAGAGCCGCCCGGUCGUGACGAGUUCACCCACAUGCGGUACUCGGCUGCCACUUGCGACCCGGCGGACUUUUUCGAAGAGCGAUUCACACUCCGGCAGAAGCUGUUCGCGAAACCUCGUCAUACCGAGCUCUUCAUCGUGGUGACCAUGUACAAUGAGGAUGACUUUUUGUUUGCCCGCACCAUGUCCGGCGUGUUCAAGAAUAUCGAUCACAUGUGCUCCCGCACGAGUAGCAAAACAUGGGGCAAGGACGCUUGGAAGAAGAUCGUCGUGUGUGUGAUCAGCGAUGGUCGUGCCAAGAUCAAUCCUCGCACUCGCGCGGUGCUGGCUGGAUUAGGUGUCUACCAGGACGGUAUUGCCAAGCAGCAGGUCAACGGGAAGGACGUAACGGCGCAUAUUUACGAGUACACCACUCAGGUCGGGUUAGAAGUGAAAGGAACACAGGUCCACCUGAAGCCGCGGUCAGGUCCUCCCGUUCAGAUGAUUUUCUGUCUGAAGGAGAAGAAUCAGAAAAAGAUCAAUUCGCAUCGUUGGUUCUUCCAGGCCUUUGGUCGGGUGCUCGAUCCAAACAUUUGCGUCCUGCUGGAUGCGGGUACCAAGCCCGGCAGGGACUCCAUCUACCAUCUCUGGAAGGCAUUCGACGUGGAACCCAUGUGCGGUGGUGCCUGUGGAGAAAUCAAGGUCAUGUUGUCGCAUGGAAAAAAGCUGCUCAAUCCGCUUGUGGCUGGACAAAACUUCGAGUACAAGCUGAGCAACAUUCUCGACAAACCGUUGGAGUCUGCAUUUGGCUUCAUCAGUGUGUUGCCCGGUGCUUUCUCGGCCUAUCGGUUUGUUGCGCUUCAGAAUGACAAAAACGGACAAGGCCCGCUGGAGCGCUACUUUUUGGGAGAGAAAAUGCACGGUGCCAAUGCCGGUAUCUUCACAGCCAACAUGUAUCUGGCCGAGGACCGUAUUCUCUGCUUCGAAAUUGUCUCGAAACGCAAAUGUCGCUGGCUGCUGCAGUACGUCAAGUCGUCCACAGGCGAAACUGAUGUGCCAGAUCGCAUGGCCGAGUUUAUCCUUCAACGACGCCGUUGGCUUAAUGGCAGUUUCUUCGCUGCCGUCUACGCCAUUGCCCACUUUUAUCAGAUCUUCCGCAGCGACCACAGCUUCCUCCGCAAGUUUAUGCUCAUGAUUGAAUUCAUCUAUCAGACCAUUGCCAUGAUCUUUGCCUGGUUCGGCAUUGGCAAUUUCUUCCUCGUCUUCCACAUCCUUACGACCUAUCUGGGCAGCGAUGAACUCCUGGGAACUGCUGGCAAAGUCCUGGGUAUUGUCUUUGAAUGGCUCUACCUUGCCACUCUGGUCACCUGCUUCGUGCUUGCGCUGGGCAACCGGCCCGGCGGUUCCAACAAGUUCUACAUGACCAUGGUGUACUUUUGGAUCUUUAUCAUGCUAUACUUGUCGUUUGCCGCAAUCUUCGUUACGGUGAAAUCCAUCCAGAAGGAGGCCGCAUCAGACAGUUUCUCCGUCAGCGAGUUGUUUACCAACAAAACCUUCUUCUCGAUCAUCGUCUCCCUCGGCUCGACGUACGUGAUGUGGUUUGUCGCGUCGUUCAUCUUCCUGGAUCCAUGGCACAUGUUCACCUCGUUCAUUCAAUACAUCCUCCUGACCCCAACAUACAUCAAUGUGCUCAACAUCUACGCCUUCUGCAAUACCCAUGAUAUCACAUGGGGCACCAAGGGUGAUGACAAGGCCGAGAAAUUGCCUUCUGCGACGCUGAAACCCGGCGGCAAAGUCGACGUCAACAUCCCCCAGGACGAUGGGGAUCUGAAUGCCCAGUACGAGGCCGAACUGGCCAAAUUUGCCAGCAAGCCUCCCAAGGAAGUUCACGCCGUCUCGGAGGAAGACCGUCAAGCCGAUUAUUACAAGGGAUUCCGCAGUGCGGUCGUUUUGGCCUGGGUGUUUUGUAAUUUUGCCCUCGGAGCCGUGGUCCUGAGUGCCGCCGGCCUGGAAACCUUUGACAACUCCACCAAGACCAGCAGCACCAACCAGGACUUUACCCAGAGUCAGCGAUCUCUGAUCUACAUGGAAGUCGUUCUCUGGUCGGUUGCGGGUCUGUCCCUGUUCAAGUUCAUGGGCGCAAUGUGGUUUUUGGUCGUUCGUAUGUUCCGUGGCGUUUGA